AUGAAGUACAUACCUUCACCUCAAGCCCUACGGCUGAUGCAACGCAUGGUCCGAGGUCCUGUCAUUCGUCCUCGAGCGUGUAGCCCUUUCCUGCCCCUCGCUCGACACUUCCAUGCUUCUGCUCGAUGGGAAAAAACAGAGAAACACGUACUCUCGGAUAUUGGAGAGGGCGUCAAGGAAGUUCAGAUCAUUCAAUGGUUCGUGGAAGAAGGUGCUCCUAUUGAAGAAUGGAGUCCGCUCUGCGAAGUCCAGAGCGACAAGGCCUCCGUUGAGAUUACCUCAAAGUACAGUGGAGUUAUCAAGAAGAUCUAUUUCGGUCAAGACGAUGUUGUACAAACUGGUGAUACACUCCUCGAAAUCGAGGUCGAGGGAGACGCCGAGUCGGAGCAACCUUCAGAACUAGAGGCAGGACCCUCCGAAGCAGUUGCAUCAAGUGAUGCUGUCGAAGCGAAAGCAGCCGUCCCAGAACCAGAGCCAGAAAUACAACAACCUGGAAAGCAUGCUUCGUUGGCUACACCAGCUGUGCGCGGUCUCCUUAAAGAGCAUGAUCUGGCGAUCGAGGAUAUCACCGGCACCGGUAAAGAUGGCCGUGUCUUGAAGGAAGACGUGUUCAAGCAUCUCGAGGGAGGCUCGCAACAGUCCAAGGUCUCGUCUACUUCUAUCUCAAAACCAGCAAUUGAAGCUAAGCAGACCGAGACUGCACAGAAGCUCACGCCCGUCCAAUCGGCAAUGUUCAAGAGCAUGACAGGGUCAUUAUCUAUUCCCCACUUCCUCUUUUCCGACUCUGUCGACCUCACCACGUUGUCCUCAAUGCGGUCACAGCUGAACAGUCUUCGAAAUCCAGGCACUACGCCGAAAUAUUCAUACAUGCCAUUCAUGAUCAAAGCUGUCUCGCUAGCCCUCAAUCAGUAUCCUCUCCUCAACGCGAGACUAGACCUAACAGCUGACCCAAAGAAACCUCAACUGAUCCUUCGCUCCGUCCACAAUAUUGGCGUGGCAAUGGAUACACCUAACGGACUAAUCGUACCGGUCGUCAAAGCAGUCAACGCUCGAUCAAUCACUUCGAUUGCUGAAGAGCUCCAGAGACUCGCGCAGUUAGGUCAAGCGGGUAAACUCAGCAAUAACGACCUCACCGGAGGCACUAUCACGGUCAGCAAUAUCGGCAAUAUUGGUGGCGAAGUCGUCGCUCCUGUUAUUGUCGAGGGUCAACUUGCCAUCAUGGGAGUGGGAAAAAUCAAGACCGUCCCCGUAUUCGCCAAUGAUGGAGUCACCGUGAAGCCUGCAUUACAGGCAAACAUUAGCUGGAGCGCCGAUCAUCGCGUUGUUGAUGGGGCUACGAUGGCGCGUAUGGCUACAAAGGUGCAGAAGUAUCUCGAAGAACCUGGCACAAUGAUUGCAGAUAUGAGUUAA